UGUUAGGUUUGUGAUUACCAUGUAGUUCCCAAAGAAAUGUGAACAAGGGAUGUGCUUUUGUUUUGGCCUUUGUGUUGAAAGAAUGAAGCUCCGGUUGGAAGUUGCCCUUGCUUGCAUCAUUAUCCUGCUCUGGUUUCAGUACAUUUCUUGUGAUGAACUUCCGGAUGGCUCAGGCACUAACAAAUGGACCUGUUCAUGUGCUUCUGCUCAACAAGGAAAUCAGAGCUAUGCUAGUGCAUCCAAUUGUUCUACAUCCUGUGAUUGCAGUCCUGAAGAAGCUGGUGGAGAUAGAUGGACAUGUCUUUGUGCUGUUGAGAGAUUCCCGAAAACAGUUGGUCUCCAUGGUUCCAGUUGUUUCACAGCCUGCAACUGCACAUCUGGUUUCCCUGUUCAACCAAAACAUUCAUCGAAGCACAUUUUCAGCAAAGUUGCUGUGUACAUUCUCCUAAUGUGUGUUUUGCUCACAACUGUUGCAUUUUUUGCUUCAUUGGCUUGCUAUAUACAUAGGAAAGGAAAAUGUCCUCUCCAACUUCCACUAUUUUCAUCAGAUAAAGGCACAAGCUGCAAUACCACUACCAACCUAAUAAGUCAUAGGUCUAAUUCCAUGCCAGAAUUCAAAGCUAAUGUGAAUUCUCUUUUGAGUCCUUUCACAGGGUGCAUAUGGGAGGCUUCUUUCACAUUUAGAAACAAAAGAGGAACAGUACCUGGAACAAUUAUUGAGUUUACGUACUCAGAAUUGGAGCAAGCAACCAACAAGUUCUCCGGUGUCAAUCUGAUAGGAUUUGGGGGGAGCAGUCAUGUCUAUUGUGGCCAGCUUAAAGAUGGUACUACUGUUGCUGUUAAGCGGCUAAAAACUGAUGGGGGGCCUGAUGCAGAUUCUGUGUUUUUAACUGAGAUUGAACUGAUAUCAAGACUCAAUCAUUGUCAUGUGGUGCCUUUGCUUGGAUACUGCUUGGAAUCUCGAGGAAAACUGGCUGAGAGGCUACUAGUCUUUGAGUACGUGUCCAAUGGCAACCUAAGAGAUUGCCUGGAUGGGGUUCAAGGAAAAGGACCCUUGGACUGGGGGACUCGUGUUAGCAUUGCUUUUGGGUCUGCGAGGGGUUUGGAAUAUCUUCAUGAAGCUGCUGCUCCAAGAAUUUUGCAUAGAGAUGUCAAGUCCACCAAUAUUCUUUUGGACGAGAAGUUUAGAGCUAAAAUAACUGAUCUUGGAAUGGCAAAACGCUUGAGGAAUGAUGAUCUUCCUAGCUGCUCAAAUUCUCCUGCAAGAAUGCAAGGAACUUUUGGAUAUUUUGCACCGGAGUAUGCAAUUAUUGGAAAGGCCUGUCUUAAGUCAGAUGUUUUCAGUUUUGGAGUGGUUCUUCUUGAGUUGAUCAGUGGCCGACAGCCCAUUCAUAAAGUAUCCAAUAAAGGAGAUGAAAGCCUUGUUAUAUGGGCUACCCCUCGUCUACAGGAUAGUACACGAGUGAUUUCAGAAUUGCCUGACCCGCUUUUGAAAGGGAAGUUUCCCGAAGAUGAGAUGCACAUAAUGGCUUAUUUAGCAAAGGAGUGCUUGCUUUUGGAUCCUGAUUCUCGACCAACCAUGAGUGAGGUUGUCCAAAUCCUUUCCACUAUUGCACCUGAGACGUCUAGGAGGCGCAAUUUUCCUCCAAACCUUUAUCAGUGCUUAUCCAGUCCAAGUACAAAAAGUGCAGUUGACAUGGAGAUGCCUGAGGAACAUGAUAAUGGACCCAUUGAUGCAGAGAGCCUACAAAGAAUCACAUCUGCUAGGUGGUCUGCUUGGUAUUCAUUACAACAGAAUUUAGACCGUACCCUAUGUGUUGAGAACAGCAGGAAAGAGGUGGAGAACACAUUGUCGAUUGCUAGAAGUUGGCAUGCCCCAGACGAUGAAACAGUGGACUUAACUGAGCCCCGGUUCGAAUCGUUUUGUAUUGCAAGCAUUCAAUCUCCCUGAUAAUUCAACCCUUUUUGAGGUGAAGAAAUUGCUACAUAUAUUGUAGUGUAUUUGGUAGCAUCCAAUCACGAGUUCUUGGAGGUUUUAAGAUGCUUUUAACUGUGACUUGAGUCUGAAAGAGCACACUCAAAACAGAGAAGUGAAUCCAUACCAGGGUUCUCAUGUUCACACAGGCUGACAGCUACCAGUCUGAUGAAUGGUCGAAAAGGUAUAUUUUUUUGUACGAUUUGUUCA